UCAAAGCAAGCCACUAACCUUCGUAAAGAAGUUUUCUUAGCAACAGGAGUUAGUAAAGCAACUGUUGCCCGUGUUGUUGCUGAAUUCAAUAAAACUGGAAAGAUUGCACCAUCAGAUCAAGAUGAUUCUCCACUUUUUCUUCAAGCCCUAGUCUUUGAAUUAUCAGAAUUAGAUUUUGUAAUUUCAAAGGCACAACUUGCACAUUACUUGAAGAAGCUUGUUCCAAAAGAUGGUGUAGUAUAUGAAAAGAGAAGGGGUGUAUGUUGGUUAUAUUUGGAGCUAUCAUCAUUUUUCAUAAUAGAAAUAGCAAUAAAGUAG